AUGUAUUCAGAGUGUCGAAGAGAAUGCGAAACGGAUUCACAAUGUGAAGAUGUGCUGAAGUGUUGUGAGUAUGGCAAUUGUCAAAGAAUUUGCAUUGCGCCGCAAAAGACAACAAGUUCAACUAACUCAUAUUAUUCGUUUUAUUAUUCGUGUGUCAUUUUUGUAUUCAAAAUGAUGGGGCCGGNGGGUACUUAUGUUCGGAUACAUUUCUUGAAAGGAUUAUUUUCGCCUGUGCAGUGUGAUGAUAAGGAACUUUGUUGGUGUGUCGAUACAGUAACCGGUACCGAAAUUUAUGCCACCAAAGCAAAAAUACCCACUUCGAUAAGCGAUAUUUGCUCUAGUUCAAUAUUUCAUAAGAAAUGCGGGCAUAUUUUUAAUCUCUGUAAAAUUUCAGACAAAAAGGCAUGUGCAGUAGCGUGUGAUGACAGCAGUGGCGUUUGUCCAUUCGGACUGGACACAGAUGCAGAAGGAUGCAGCCCAAGCGCAACAUGUCGUUGUCGAAAUCCGUGCGAUUUCGUGCAGUGUUCCGAAGGAAAAGUCUGCCUUCUGAGGCCAAAAGAGUGCAACGAUCAUUUGUGUAUCCCCGUUCCAACGUGUGAACCGAAUCCGUGUGACCACAAUCAGAAACCAGCCGUUGAGCCAGGAACAUUUACACAAUUCACUUGCGUUCAAAAUGGAACGCAAAUUUGCCCAACUGGAUUCUAUUGCACAGCAUAUGACGAAUCAAGCAGAGGUAUCUGCUGUCCAGGAAAGGACGAUGGUGAGUCAUUUAUAAGCAAUUCACUUUUUGCUAACUGGUUCGAUGAAGUAGGAGAAUUAAAACAACAAUGCGGUGAGUUAUUCACCGUCGAUUAUUCCUUCCUGAUAUUUUAUUGUUUUCUUUCAGAAUCAGUUCAAUCAGUCAACAACUCAGAGAGUGACUCUUGUGCACAUGGCAGUCCAUACUCAGACUCGGCCAAUGGUUUACUGCUACGAUGCUCACCGGAUUCCAGCAAUUGUCCUUCCACGCAUUUCUGUUCUAUACGCGCUACACAAACAUCUGGCGUGUGUUGCGUUAAGAAAGGUUGGUUUAAUGUCAUGGAAUAA